UCCGUGUUCCACCGCCAUUCCUCGCCUUGACGUAUCCUCCCCAAACCGCACAGCCUCUCUAUCUCUCUUUCGACAGAGGCAUUUCAUCAUACACAUUGAGCCAUGCUAUGAGGCACAGACCCAGUGGAGGUUACCUACUUACGCAUAGAAUUUGGCAUUCCCUGCUAUAGAUAAAUAUGAGUUUCUCUCUGUGUUCAUCAUCUUCCGAGCUAAAAUAUCACUGUGUUGAGGGACUGCGGCAUUCAAAUGUAAAUCCACCAGUGUCCAAACCUUCUGUAAGGGUUGGUAAUUCUACUAGAAGGGAUAAUAUUCAAAUGUCCGAUCGUGAUCCUAGGAAAAUUGCUGUUUCAAACCACGUAAUGCCAGGGCAAUUAGAAGGACCAUACCUUCUAAAGAAACCGCUAGAAAGGCCUAGUGAGAAGCUUGAGUAUGUGAGGACAUUGUUGAUUGACAACUAUGAUAGCUACACAUACAAUAUUUACCAGGAGUUAUCUAUUGUUAAUGGGUUUUUGAAAAUGUUGCUGCAACUUCGAAGGGGAAACCAUAGAGCCAUUGAAGUGCCUCCUGUGGUGGUGCAAAAUGAUGAAUGGACUUGGAAGGAUGUUUGCCACUACUUGUACGAGGAAAAUGCAUUUGAUAAUAUUGUUAUAUCACCAGGACCUGGUUCUCCAACAUGCUCGGCGGAUGUAGGAAUAUGCCUUCGUUUGCUGCUUGAGUGCCGGGAUAUCCCCAUUUUGGGUGUUUGCCUUGGACACCAGGCAUUAGGUUAUGUGCACGGUGCUCAAGUUGUCCAUGCAUCUGAACCAGUCCAUGGACGUCUGAGUGAAAUACAGCAUAAUGGGUGCCAACUGUUUCAUGACAUUCCUUCUGGAAGAACUUCAGGGUUCAAGGUGGUUCGAUAUCAUUCACUUGUAAUAGAUCCUGAAUCUCUCCCAGAGGAACUCAUUCCUAUAGCUUGGACCUCUUCCAGCGAUGCACUUUCUUUUCUUGAGACCCGUAAGUCUAACACUAUCUCAGAUGAUUGUGAGAGUCAGAUUGGAUGUAGUAGGUCUGCAAAAUCUUUUUUGGAAUGUGAAAAUGGAAGUCGCCGGCCUUUCGUCUUGUCUGACAAAAGCAAAAGAGUUAUCAUGGGCAUCAUGCACUCUUCCAGGCCACAUUAUGGUUUGCAGUUUCAUCCAGAGAGUGUUGCUACACAUUAUGGGAGGCAAAUAUUCAGUAACUUUAGAAAGAUAACAGAGGAUUACUGGCUGAGAUUGAGGCCAUACACUGCACGCAUGCAGGUACCCUGUGCCAGUCAACUGUUCAGAGAAGUUCCUAGAAGUAGGCAUAUAGUGAAUAAUGCAGGUGACCAAUUAUACAGAAAAGCUUCCCAAAUUAGCCAAUUAACACAUAAUGCAUAUAAGAAGAGUUAUUCUGGUGUGUCCAACAUGGUAAAUAUUUCCCAUCCAAGCACUGAUGUUAGAUUUCUGAGACUUGAAUGGAGGAAAUUUGAUCACUUGGCCAGCCAAGUUGGCGGGGCACAAAGUAUAUUUUGUGAAUUGUUUGGACAUCAUAAAGCUGAAAACACCUUUUGGUUGGACAGUUCUUCAAUAGAAAAGAAAAGAGCACGCUUUUCAUUCAUGGGGGGGAAAGGUGGGUCUCUUUGGAAGCAGUUGACAUACAGAUUAUCUGAUCAAAGUGAUAUGACUUUUAAAGGUGGAGGUUAUUUAUUGAUUGAGGAUGCUCAUGGCUCUACCAAAAGCAAAUGCUUGGAAGAAGGUUUUCUUGAUUUUUUGAACAAGGAGCUUCUGUCCUUCCGUUACGAAGAGAAAGAUUAUGAAGGACUUCCCUUCGACUUUCAUGGUGGAUAUAUUGGUUAUCUCGGGUAUAACCUUAAAGCUGAAUGCGGUGUUGUAUCUAACCGCCACAAAUCUAGGUCUCCAGAUGCUUGCUUUUUCUUUGCUGAUAAUCUUCUUGUUGUUGAUCACUACAAUGAUGAUGUUUACAUAUUGUGUCUACGUGAGGAAUGCACAGCCAUGACAUCAUGGUUGGAUAGUACGGAAGAGAAGCUUUUCAGCUUAAAACUGUCUGCGAUAAGGCUAGAAGAGCAGAAUUUCCAGGUUGCAAAUUUUUCUCCAUUUGAGGCAGGCUUUCGUGCUGAGAAAUCAAGAGAGCAAUAUAUGGAGGAUGUCGAAAAGUCUCUGAGAUACAUCAAAGAUGGAGAAAGCUAUGAGUUAUGUCUCACAACUCAGAUUAGAAAAAGUAUUGGGGAAAUAGAUUCCCUGGGACUUUACCUUCACCUAAGACAAAAAAACCCAGCACCAUAUGCUGCCUGGCUUAAUUUUUCGAAGGAAAAUUUAUGUGUCUGCUGUUCCUCCCCUGAGAGGUUCCUUCGACUGGACAGAAAUGGUACAUUGGAAGCCAAGCCUAUUAAGGGUACUGUGGCCCGUGGCGAGACAGUGGAGGAUGAUGAACAACGCAAGCUGCAACUGCAAUAUAGUGAAAAGGAUCAGGCCGAGAAUUUAAUGAUUGUUGAUCUUCUAAGGAAUGACCUUGGCCGUGUCUGCGAGCCUGGCUCUGUUCAUGUGCCCCAUCUUAUGGAUGUGGAAUCAUAUGCGACUGUUCACACCAUGGUGAGUACAAUCCGUGGAAAAAAGAAGUCGGAGGUAAGUGUAGUUGACUGUGUGAGAGCUGCAUUUCCAGGUGGCUCAAUGACAGGUGCACCAAAGUUGAGAUCAAUGGAACUGCUCGAUUGUCUUGAAAGCAGUUCACGAGGGAUCUACUCGGGCUCCAUUGGAUUUUUCUCAUAUAACCAGACAUUCGAUCUGAAUAUCGUUAUACGAACAGUAGUUGUGCAUGAAGGUGAAGCUUCGAUAGGAGCAGGAGGGGCCAUUGUGGCUCUAUCCAAUCCAGAAGCCGAGUACGAAGAAAUGAUUUUGAAAACACGAGCUCCGGCAAAGGCUGUGAUGGAAUUUCUCUAGCGAGUUAUCAUUGUGCGCUGUGGCUAAUCCAUUUGCAAAUGUGAUAGAUUGAUUCUACGACUAUAGAAGAAAGAAAAUUGUAGAGGCCUGCAAACUGCAGCAAUGUAACAUUUUAAUGUAGCUUUUAUUAUUAUUGGAUUCAUGAUUGACAUUAUUUUGUUUUUUUAAAAUAAUGAUUAC